GGGUCAUCUCCCCCAACUUCAGUUUCAUGGGGCAGCUGCUACAGUUUGAGACUCAGGUCCUGUGUCACUGAGGCAGGGCCAAGGAUUCCAGCUCCUGCUGGCUGACUGGCUAGCCGGCCCACCAUAGACAGCACAAGCAUGGGAGGCCUCUGGCCAUGGCUGCUGGGUCUGUUCUCUCUGCCAGGCUGGAUCCUAGGAGCACCCUCCAGCUGCUCAGGAGCCUGUGGGAGCAGCUUCUCAGGAGGCCUCACCCCUGAGGAGACCCAGAUGUCUUGGGACAAGGACAUCCCUGCGAUUAACCAAGGGCUCAUCCCUGAGGAAACCCCAGAGAGCAGCUUCCUCCUGGAAGGGGAUAUCCUCCGGCCUAGUCCCUUCCGCCUGUUGUCAGCUACCAGCAACAAGUGGCCCAAAAAUGGGGGUGUUGUGGAGAUCCCCUUCCUACUCUCCAGCAAAUAUGAUGAGCCCAGCCGCCAGGUCAUCCUGCAGGCAUUUGCUGAGUUUGAACGCUUCACGUGCAUCAGGUUUGUUGCCUACCAUGGCCAGAGAGACUUCAUCUCCAUCAUCCCCAUGUCUGGGUGCUUCUCUGGUGUGGGGCGCAGUGGAGGGAUGCAGGUGGUGUCUCUGGCACCCACCUGUCUCCAGAAGGGCAUGGGCAUCGUCCUGCAUGAGCUCAUGCAUGUGCUUGGCUUCUGGCAUGAGCAUGCACGGGCUGACCGUGACAACUAUAUCCAUGUCAACUGGAACGAGAUCCUCCCAGGCUUUGAAAUCAACUUCAUCAAAUCUCGGAGCAGCAACAUGCUGGUACCCUAUGACUAUGCAUCCAUAAUGCACUAUGGGAGGCUUGCCUUCAGCCGGCGCGGGCUGCCCACCAUCACACCGCUCUGGGCCCCCAGUGACCACAUCGGCCAGCGAUGGAACCUGAGCACCUCGGACAUUACACGGGUCCUCUGGCUUUAUGAAUGCAGCCCGAGCGGCCCUGGCCCCCAUGGGAGAGGGUUCCAGGCCGAUGGCAAGGGCGGGAGCCCCCCUCCUGCCUCUCGACCACAUCUGCAGCGGCUGUUGGAGGCGUUAUUGGCAGAGUCCAGGGGCCCUGACCCCAGUGACUCCAGGGCUGCAGAGAGCCCACAGGGGCGGGAGCCCCCUGCCCUGGAGAAGUUCAGUGUGGAGGCCUCUGCAAAGCAGCCUCAGGCCCCAGCCUCCUCCCCAAGCUCAAGGCCAGGCACAGGUGCUCCUGGUCUUGCCCUGGAGCAGUCACAGUCGGCCCCAGUGCCAACUGUACCCCCAGCCCCAUCUCUAGAAGCAGAAGACCAGCCAGUACCUCUCCAGGCUGCCUGGGGGGACCUAGUUCUGGGUCACUUCAGGGGGAUGCCUAGAGGUGGAGCCUGUGGCUUCUGUCCCUAAGUGGGGAGUGUGUCCUGUCACCAGAGCAGCUGGGUCUUGUAAACCUUGGCCCCUCUGGGCAACAUCCCUGUCUUCCAGCGCCAGUCUGGCCUCCCCCUCUGCCCUGUCCUUCCCCAUCAGUUCCCCCAAGGGCUCCUGGGGAUGGAGGGGCCUUCUAGGUCUGUCGAGGAGGAGGCAGGCCUGUUGGAGAUACCUGGCUCUGUCUGCUGUUAUGGAUGUUGAGAUUGGGAGGUGACAUUCUCCAGGCUCCAGAGACUGGGUCUGGAAGGGUGAGGAAGAAGGUUCCAGCCUUGAAGACUGAAGUCCUGUAGCUGAGGCCCAGCCCCCCAGCAUAGAAUAACAGUACUGCCCCCACCUCUCCCUCAGGCGAGGACUUGGGGGGACACCUGUGGCUGGGAUCCUGGGAACACUGGCCUGCAUCUGCAACCCCCAGUCCUGCUCUCCAGGAGCCCCGCUCCCUCCCCUGCAGUGCAGGAAGGCUCCAGGGCCAGCAGGUGCCCCCCAUGGGACGUGAGGGGGAGCUGGAGGCGCUCUAAGACUACACACUGGGGAACUCGUGAGGAUCCUGAAUGCAAGACCUGGAGCUCCUCUCCACCUGCGUUCUAUUUCCAGGAGCCUUGUUCCCUGCCCUGCCUGUACCCCCAACCUCUCCCAGUACCCCUCACUUUCCCCGACACCCCCCACCUCCCGGGACUUGGCCAGAGGAGGCGCUGGAAGGUGGACAGGGGUAGGGGGUGGUUACCCUGUUUGUCCUCCUUCAACCAAGCUCCACUCCUCCUCCUCACUAGCUGGCCUCCUCUGUGAGGGCUGUUCCAAGAGUGAAGAACUUCCCGGGGCGCCAGUGAGCAGGCCAGGAGCCCUGGUCUGGCUGCAGUGUUCUGUAGCCAGGGGUGGGAGGGAGCAGGAGCCCCAGCCCCAGCGCCGUCCCAGUGAGGCCUCAGGUGUUUGGGGGGAGACAGAAAUAAAGUGGGGUACUUGUUCCAGGA